GUCACGUGUCUGAUUUCCAUUGUCCGCAGAGCUGGGUGUGUACCGUGGGGAGGCUGGGUCGAGCUGGCUGCGUGUUUUUUUUUUCUCCCCCCUCAGCAGCAUCCUUUUUAAGAUCUUGUGACUUAGUCAUCUGAAGGAUGCUCGGGGCGGAGGAUGAGGGAAGCGGCUCGGAUUGCCUCAUGUGUCGCUUGUUUUGUGGCGAAUGAAGAAAACCGGAGCCGCCCCACCUGCACGGGGAAAGAGGAGCUGUGGACACCGCCCGAAACGGUGAUGGUGAUGAUGAUGAUGGCUUUAUUAGUUUAAGGUUAAUUCUUUUUUUAAGCAGGAUGUCUAAAACCAAAAACAGCGAGGCCGUCAGGGUGGUGGUCCGCUGCCGGCCCUUCAACAGGAGAGAGGAGAUUGCGCGGAAUGAAAAUAUUUUGGAGAUUGAUGACAGGCUCGGGCAGAUCACCAUCAGGAACCCGAAGGCACCACCUGAUGAGCCGAUGAAGGUGUUCACGUUUGACUCGGUGUACGGCUGGAACUCAAAACAAACCGACAUCUAUGACGAUGCUGUGAGACCUCUGGUGGAGUCCGUCCUCCGAGGCUUCAACGGGACUAUAUUCGCCUACGGACAAACUGGCACAGGUAAAACGCACACCAUGCUAGGGGUGUCCAACGACCCAGAGAGGAGAGGGGUUAUACCAAAUUCGUUUGAGACCAUUUUCACAUUAAUAUCCAGAACUCAGAAUCAGAAAUACCUGGUGAGGUCUUCAUACCUGGAGAUCUACCAGGAGGAAAUCAGGGAUCUUCUGUGCAAAGACAACAGCAAGAAACUGGAGUUGAAAGAGAACGCAGACUCUGGUGUUUAUGUGAAAGACCUGUCGUCGGUGGUGACUAAGAACGCCACCGAGAUCGAGCAUGUGAUGAACCUCGGCAACCAGUCCAGAUCUGUGGGGUUCACCAACAUGAACGAGCGCAGCUCUCGCUCUCACGCAAUCUUUCUCGUGACGGUGGAGUGCAGCGAAGUGGGGCCAGAUGGCGAGGACCACAUCCGCGUCGGGAAGCUGAACAUGGUCGACCUGGCUGGCAGCGAGCGCCAGAGCAAGACGGGCGCCAAGGGGAAGCGUCUGAAGGAAGCUGCCAAGAUAAACCUGUCCCUGUCGGCGCUGGGGAAUGUCAUUUCGGCCCUGGUGGACGGGAAGAGCACCCACGUCCCGUACAGAGACUCCAAACUGACCCGCUUGCUCCAGGACUCGCUGGGCGGCAAUGCGAAGACGGUCAUGAUAGCAACAGUGGGGCCCUCGCACAAGAACUUUGACGAAACCCUGGCCACGCUGAGGUACGCCAACAGGGCCAAGAACAUCAAGAACAAGCCUCGGAUCAACGAGGACCCCAAAGACGCCCUGCUCAGGGAGUUCCAGGAGGAGAUUGCACGCCUGAAAGCUCAGCUGGAGGAGCGAGGGAUGCUCGCGAAAGAGAAGAGGAGGAUGAAGAGGAACAGCAAGAGGCUGAGUAAGAGCUUGGCCGGAAUGGAAGAGGAUAUCUUCAGAGAGAGGGAUGCAGAUGUGUGGAAGGGAAUGGAGGAGGAAGCAGACGUGAGGCACUACAUGAAAGAGGGAUGUGACGUCCCAAAGGUGCUCACCUGCCACGGGAGCGGUGAGAAGUUAAAGCACCUGAAUGAAAACAGGAAAAGCGUGGAGGACAUGCAGUGGGAUCAAGAGGCUUUGGAGAAGAUCAUAGAGAAGUACAAGGCUAUGGAGAGCAAGCUGCUAGUAGGGGGGAAGACUAUAAUUGAUCACACCAACGAACAACAAAAAAUGCUGGAGCUGAAGAGACAAGAAAUCGCGGAGCAGAUAAGACGGGAGAGAGAGAUCCAGCAGCAGAUGAUGCUGCAGGAAGAGGAGACCUUAGAAAUGAUAGAGACGUUUUCCUCCCUGCAGCAGGAAGUGGAACAUAAGACAAAGAAGCUGAAGAGGCUGUAUGCCAAAGUGCAGCUGUUGAAGGGAGAGAUGAAAGACAUCAUCGAUGAACAUGUAACAACCAGACAGGAGCUUGAACAGACACAAACUGAACUCACCAGAGAGCUCAAGUACAAAUAUCUCCUGAUUGAGAAUUUUAUACCUCCGGAGGAAAAGAACAAGAUAAUGAACAGGCUGCACUUUGACAGUGAGGAGGAUCAGUGGCGGCUGCAGCCAGUCCUUCCGUCAGUGAGUGCGCCCACUCAGGUCAAGAGAAGGCCUCUCUCCGCUGUGGGAUACAAGAGGCCAAUCAGCCAAUAUGCACAGAUGGCUGUUGCCACGGCUACCGGGGCCCCGUCUAGAUACCAGGCUGAGAAUAUCAUGCUGUUGGAGUUAGACAUGUCUCCGCCGACCAUGUUCACCUUGAACCUUAAUGGCGCUCACCUGGAGAGAGCCUUUUCUCCCAGGCUGAUGCAGGAUCUCCUGGUUAAUGUUCCGAUGAGAGAGAGGACGGCUGCAUCGUCACGGGUCAGGAAAUCCCAAUCCUGGUAUCAGGCACCACAAGCAGCAUCCAUCACAACGUCCUCAUCUUCCACUACUCUGAUGUCAGCACCUCACAGCUCCAGUCCCUCCCAGAGACAAAGACCGUCGUCUGCUGCCUAUCUUCCGCUCGGGGGUGCACGUCAGACGAGCCCCUGACCUGUGCUGACGCACCUGUACUUCGGGGCCUUAGUUCAAAGUGACUCCAGUGACUCCAGUGACUCCAGUUUAGCCAAGGGCCAUGUCAUGACUUUAAAUCGAUUGUUCCGUUUAUGAAGCAUUUACUCAACUUAAACCGGAAAAGACAAACAAUCCUUUUAAUUUUUCAGUCUUCAAUAAUUAGUUUUCAACUCGUAAAUGUAUUAUUUUGCCAUUUGAUUUUUGUCUGCUGCACACAGAUAGCACAGCUAGAACGUAAUUGGGACUUUUUAGGUCCUUAUUUAAUAUUCCCCCCUCAAUAGCAACACUUAUAAUAAUCUUUAUUUUCAGCAGACGUAGUAAUGUAUCAUGUCUUUGCCAAAAACAAUGGAGAAUGACGGGGGCGCUUGAUGAAUUGUCGCUUCAAUUUCUUGCCAAAUGUAAUUGUGAGCUAACAAAAAAAAAAAAAAAAAAUGUGGAGAAAGCUUGCAGUGCUCUCUUGAUUAGCUGCCUUAUUUUUUUUCUUAUAGUAGCGAUAUAGUGCAUUUGCUUACACACUGAAAUAAAGUGAAACAAUCUGCUGUAGAUUUGUGAUCUCUGCCACCGUAACCGCAGUUGAGUUCAUGUGUGUGUGCAAAUAAAUGUGGGAAAACUUGGAAUGACA